GCGAAAACGAGAGGUGGCUUCUUGUAUACCUUGCUACACGAGGAAGCAGAAGGUAUGCACCUGAGCGCACCGCAUCCGAACUGAAGCUGCUGGCAGCAGAAACACAACGUUUCUUCUCUUAAGUGUUAACGUGAGCUGUCCGCUCGGCUAGUGCGAUCGCCAGUAUCCAUGCAACCGGUGCAGUCGUCGACGGCAACCGGAACUGUGUUCUUAUCACUCGUUUCAACCAUCACGAAAUGUGCAGGCACCGAGCCUGGCUACGCCAUCAGCCACGAGCCGGGAUGAUGACACGCAGACUACUGUUACUCCAUCUAUCGCCCACCAGCAGCAUACCAUACACGACGCUGAGUCGCAUGACAAUCCUCCAACAAGGCAACUUGAAGGGACGCCUCGGGGAAGGCCAGGAUGGUGCUCGCUGGCCGAGGCGUUCGGAUAUGAUGGUCUGAGCGAAUGCAACACCAUGACCCUUGUGCGGAAGCUUGCACCAGAACAUGACAGGGCCGACGUCCAAGAUAAGGCCAUACCGUCCGAGACAGAGGCCCAGGUCCGCAUAGCCUUGGACAUGAUGCCCAAUCGCCGCAUCAUCGACUUCCUCGUUAGGUAUUUUGUCACCGAGGUCAAUUGGAUAGACCAAGUUUUAUAUCCCCCGUGGUUUCUUAUGCAGUACCAGCGUUGGUGGGCACUUGGCAACCUCUCUACAGUGAGCGAGAUUGAGUUCGCCGUUCUCAUCCUCAGGAUAUGUUGCUACGCUUCGCAGUUUCUACCUUCACCCGGACGUAAUGUUGACCACGUCGAAGGAGUACCACUGGCCGCGAUUCGCCAGUCCUGCGAGAAAGCCAUCCACGCACUCAACCCCAUCUGCACAAGCCUGGAUCCGCGCGGCUCGUUGGUCCGCGUGCAUCACAUCGUCUACGGCGGUCUUUCAGCGGGGUGUGUCGGCCGCAUGAACGGCUUUUGGGAGUCGGUCAGUUGUGCCAGUCGCGUGGCUCAACAGAUUGGCCUGCAUCUGGGCCCCGUCGUUUCCGAGGGCUGUGCUGGUGAGAUGGACAAGGAGAUGAGACGGCGGACAUAUUGCAACCUCUAUAUAUGGGACAGCUACCUAUCCAGGCAUCUCGAUCGCAUCCCGUUCCUUGCUGACACGCUAAACCCCGAUGUUUGGCCUCGGAUGCGCCUGCUCCCCAGCGGUGUCGACAUCGACUCCACGUCCUCGGAUGUCCCCGAUGUGUUUACGGAGCGCAUUCUUCGAGCUCGGCUCGCGCAGUUCUGGCGCUGCAACCGGCUACCCCGAGGUCCCGAAUGGGACAUGAUGGCCGCAGAAGAACGAUAUGAGCAGUUCUGCAGCUCCUUCCUUCAAGAUCUCCCGCCAGCGUUCGCCCUAGAGCCAGACCGACAAUGGGACGAGCGUCUUCCCGCGCUUCCUAUGCAGCGGCAACUGCUGCACAUAGCCAUCUUCGAGCAACUCUGCUGGAACUUCAGGCCAACGCUGCUCCAGCAGCCUGACCAGAUGGCGGCCCCCCUUCCCCUUUACAAGCAGGUCAUGCUGGCGCACGGCAAGAGAGCGCUCGCGGCCGCCGCGCUCAGCCUGCUGCAGUGCGCCAAGGCGCUGCAUGGUCUGAUGACUUGCGGCUCCCUCACGCAAUUCUCGGGCAUCAUUGUGCCCAUAUUUGAAGCUGCCGUACCGUUGCUUUGUCUGUGCGCGGACCGCGACUUCCCAGGCAUCACGAUCCAGCAUGGCUGCCCGGCGCCGCCGCAGCACGGCAGCUCGAACCCGCUCGAAGCCCGCAUUGCCAAGGUGACACGGGACGAAUGUGUACAGGCUGCCCGGGAUGCGCUGAGCACCCUGGAAAAUCUCGCGGAGGUCAGCGAAGUGGCCGAAAUCGGGGCACGAACUAUCGCCCGGCUUAUUAGCAGAUUCGAUGCAGAUAGCCCGACAACGCUCAGCCUGGCUCACCAACCCGCUUACCAGCAUCCGGAAUUUGAGAAUGUUGAUGGUGGUGCGGCUGGCACGGACGUGGGUGCUGGUGUCGCUUCGAUAUCUACAGGUACAGGCCCAGCCGGCUGGCGUUUGGGCCCCAUGCGAGAUUGUGUUGUUUCGACAGAAGGAGGAGAAGAAGGGACGGAGCUAGACUUCCCCUUUGACGGAGGCUGUUACAGCGGAGUUGGUUCGGGAUGGGCUGACCUUCUGGGAGACCUGACGGACAGUUUUGGGGUGUAGGUUGAAGAGGCGGAUCUUGCCAGAAGGGGGCAUCUGGCUACCAUGUACGAUGAAACUGUCUCCCAUGAGUGUACAUGUGGUACAUACAUACCGGGUUGGCCAACCGGUCAGUGGGCACCAAUACUGGAGCAGCACAUACUAGUAGUUCGAUUGUGAAGAGCUUUGGUCUGUCUAGGGCACCAGCAUGGAAUCGCCCAUCCGCAUAUACAGCACAUGAGUCAAUGCUUU